UCUUCUAAAGUUUAAAAGCUAUAUGGCUGAAAGUUUGUGUGGUUGAAGAGCUUUUUGUAUACUAUAUAGGGUGAACGUUUGAGUGAAACUAGGCAAGCACUUCAGGAGUUAUUAACUAAACUAUUUUUGAAAUCUGGAGCUACAAAGUGAGUGAAAAAAAGCUUUUUUCAUUUUUUUCACUUUAAAAAUCAGAUUCUUUUCAAAAACUUUUGGCUGUUUCAAGACUGCUUUUUUAUGCUGUCUUUUGGCAAGAUCAUUUUUUCAAAAAUCAGUUUCCUUAUUUUGAGAGAAAGAGUUUUCAUCUGGGGCUACAUUUGUGUGCAAAAGUAUUACCAUAUUAAACGAUCACAAAGAGAAAAUAAAAUAAAUAAAUGAGUCAUAGUUUUAGAUAGUUUGAAAGUUGCUGUACAAAACGUGCCAGAGAUGGGCAAAUCCGCCAUGUCCAACUCCAACUCCGCACAACUCCGCUCCGAUUUUUUUAAAUCCCACUCCAACUCCGUUUCAACUCCGAUUUUAAAACGUUGAAUUUUCUCGAACAAAAUUUGCAAGCAUAAGAAUUUCGUAAUAGAAAUCUAGAAUAACUAAUGAUGAAUAGUAAUUUUAUUUAUUUCUUUUAAAGUUUUUCACAUAGAAUCUUUAAGUAUUUACUUUAACAAAUCAAGGUUACAUUACAUUUAACAAAUGUUAAUUUAGAUAAUGUGUCCGUUGAUAAGCGACUUCGAUGUGGUGUCAUAAGUAGCCCACUUUUUGAGAAUAUUCUUUCAGCUGGAGUUGAUGUGGCUGGAACACAUAAUACUCUUAAUGCUAAUCUAUGGAAAUAUGGAAAAUGA